UAAGAGCUAAGGUUCAACCCUUGGAUUCUCUAAAGCAAUGGCUGAAACAAUUGCUAUAGCUGCCCUUAUGCAGGUAGUUUUCGAGAAGACGGCCUCUCUGAUACCCCUCCUCAUUGACCACUUCAAAACAUUACGGGGUGCCAAAGUGCACAAAGAUAUGUUGAAGCUAAAGAGCAGCCUUUCCACUAUCCUGGCAGUUCUUGAAGAUGCAGAUGAUCAACAGCUCAAGAACCGUUCGCUCAGAGACUGGUUGAUGAAGCUCAAAGAUGCUGCCUCCGACGCUGACGAUAUACUAGAUUUGUUCCACUGGGAAUUCAUGCGACAGGAGAUUGAGUCCCGGGACAAACUUACGCGCAAGGUAAGCCACUUCUUCUCCUAUAGAAACCCGAUUUUGUUUCAUGCAAGAAUCUGUCGUAGGAUUGGAGAAAUUGUGGAGAGAUUGGAUAGCGUUGCUGCCGAGAGAGCUAAGUUCCAUCUGAGCACAUCUAGCGGUCUCCGGCUUGGAAAAAAUAAGAGAACAGAGACACAUUCUUUUGUUAUAGAAUCUGAUGUUGUUGGAAGAAGAGAGGAUAAAGAUAAAGUUGUAGACGUGUUGGUUCGCUCCGUAGAUAAUCGAGACCAUGUUUCAGUCCUUCCUAUUGUCGGUAUGGGAGGGCUAGGAAAGACAACACUCGCCAAAAUUGUCUACAAUGAUCAAAGGGUUAAAGGGCAUUUUCAACUACUCAUGUGGGUCUGUGUUUCUGAAGAAUUUGAUGUUAAAAGACUCAUCCAAGCAGUUAUCGAAUCAGCCACGGGAAAGCCGUGUCAUGAUUUGAGCAUGGAACUGUUGCAGAGCAAACUUAAAAAAGCUCUAGGUUCGAGGAGAUAUCUCCUAGUGCUUGAUGAUGUAUGGAAUGAAGAUGAAACUAAGUGGCGAGAACUAAGAGUUUUAUUGUCACAAGGCGUUCAAGGGAGUGUGAUUAUGGUGACAACAAGAAGCAACAUAGUUUCAUCCAUCAUGAGAACCACAGAUUCUUACAUGUUAGCUCAAUUGUCUGAUGAAGACUGUUGGUGUGUUUUCAAGCAGAGAGCAUUUGCGAGUGGACCUGCCGAGCCUUAUGAGUUGGUAAAUAUCGGGAAGAAAAUCGUCAAAAAGUUGGGAGGAGUGCCUCUAGCAGCGGAGAUGGUGGGGAGCUUCAUGCGUUUAAAAACGGAUGAAAGGGAGUGGUUAUCUGUGUUAGAGAGUGAAACUUGGAAUUUACCAGCCUCGAAGAAUGGCAUCCUACCUGCCUUGAGGCUGAGCUACGAUCACUUGCCUUCUCAUUUGAAAGAAUGCUUUGCUUACUUUGCUAUAUUCCCAAAGGACUAUAACAUGAACAAGGAGCUAUUGAUUCAACUAUGGAUGGCUAAUGGUUUCCUCCAAUGCGAAGGGGGUAUGGAGAUUGAAGACAAGGGGAAAGAGAUGUUUGAUGAAUUGGUAGCAAGUUCUUUCUUGCAAAUUGUAGAAGAAAAUAAAUUCUAUGGUUACAGGACAACCACAUACUGUAAGAUGCAUGAUCUUAUUCAUGACCUUUCACAAGCCAUUGCUAAAAAUGUAUGCAGCAUUCUUGAAGAUAAGGAGCCAGAAGGAAGUCAGGGUGCUAAAUUGCGUCAUGUCUCAUUUAAUGGGAAAGCUACUGAAACGAGAAUUGGUAGGGCCAUAUGUAAUUUCUCCAAGAGCUUGCACACACUCUUUAAGUUGAAUAGUUUUCAUGAAUCUACCGUGAGUCAUUUACAUGUCUGGUUGAAAGCCAAGUCCUUAAGGGUGUUAGCUCUACCAUCAGUUAAAGUAAAGGAGGCAUUGCGAGAUAUCGACAAUUUGAAGCAUAUAAGGUACCUGGAUCUAUCACGCACCGAUAUAGAAACUUUGCCAGAAGCCACGUGUCGCCUUUUUCAUCUGCAAACUUUGAAACUAGAGAACUGUAAAAAUCUUCGUCAACUUCCGAUGGGGAUCAAGAACAUGGAAAAACUUAGGCAUUUAUAUAUCGGUGGGUGUGAUGCGCUAACCGAUAUGCCAAUAGGUAUGGGGAAUUUAACAGGCUUACGUACACUAUCAGUGUAUGUUCUUGGCAACAAAGCCAGCAGUGGAAACAUAAGAGAGCUGAAACACCUGAACAUCAGAGGCGAACUACAACUACAUGGUCUUAAUAAUGUGAAGAUUGCUUCAGAUGCCAAAGAAGCAAACUUAUGUUCCAAACAUGAUCUUUUGUCUCUGCAUCUCUCAUGGAAUUGUGAUCCCAGUAAGGAGAACUUUCAGGAGGUGAUAGAAGCUCUUCAACCUCAUAGGAACAUUAAGUGGUUGAGAAUAGAAGAAUAUGGAGGAGCUAUUUUUCCAGACUGGAUGAUGCAGUGUGAGGUGCAUCUGCCAAAUUUGGUUGAGGUUUAUCUGUAUAAUUGCAGCAGAUGCGACUAUCUCCCGUCGCUUGGCCAGCUCCGGUUUCUUGAGGUUCUGAGCAUACAGGGAAUGGCUGGAGUUCAGCACCUUGGAAGCAAUCAAAAUGAUUUCUAUGGCGGCCAGGGAAGUAAUAUAAUUGAAGCAUUCCCAUCACUGAAGGCGUUCAUGUUAGUUGAAAUGGCUAAUUUGGAAGAAUGGAUGGAACUACAAGUUACAGGAGCAUCAACAUAUUUCCAUCAGCUUAACGACCUAGAAAUCCGUGAUUGCCCCAAGCUAAGAACAAUUCCACAUAUACCAUCUAUCCAAACUCUACGGGUGAGCAGAUGCCCUCUUUUUCGCCCAAAACAAGGCUUCUUCCAUAAAAUGAACUCCUUGAAUGAACUGUAUGUAUAUGAAUGUAACGAGCUGGUAUUUUCGUUAACCGAAAGGGAACCAAGAUACCCGAGGCCGUUUCUUAGGCAGCUGGAGUCUUUAUCAAUAGAAUCAUGCGACGAACUAAUAACGCUGUCAGAUGAUUUCAUGCGCCGUCUGAGCUCCCUCAAGUAUCUAGACAUUAACAACUGCAACAAUCUUGUCGGUUCAUCAGUAGUUACAGAAGGAAGGAGCCUGCAACUGCAACACCUUACCGCACUCGAAAGACUUGAGCUCUCAGGGUGUGAUAAACUGACGGGCAAUCCAAUAGAGUUACCUGGUUCAUCUCUUCGGGGGCUAAGUUUUCUCAACCUCCCAAACCUGUACUCAUUGUCAGAGAACUUGGAGCUACUCACUAAUCUCAAGGUUAUAUCGAUCAAGUCAUGUGAAAAUUUGAAAAGUUUGCCAGAUGGGCUAGCACGGCUCACCGCACUAGAGAAGCUAGAGAUUACCAAUUGCCCUUCAAUGACUAAAUUGCCAGAGUGUCUCGGACGUCUAACCAAUCUCCGGGUCCUAGAUGUUGGGUCCGAUACGCUGUUAUCUUUGCCUCGGUCUCUUGUACACCUUACUGCGCUUAAAUAUUUGGCAAUCCGAUACGUAAAAUGGACAUCUUUUCCAGAAUGGAUCGGACGCCUUAAUACACUUACAGAACUGAGAAUUGUGAGUUGCAGCUAUCUGAGCUAUACACACAGGUUAGGACUUCUCACUCAACUUGAGAGGCUGCAUAUCAUGGACUGCCCUCUAUUGACUUCAUUUCCGAAGAGUUUUGAACAGCAACUCCCAAAGCUUCGAUCUCUUAUCAUCUGCGGUAGUAGCGGGUCUCGGCUGGCGACGCAGUGUACGCCCAGUGGAAAGUAUUGGCACUCAGUCUCAGGCAUUCCCUCCGGUUGCGUUGACCGUAACGAGAACAGAUUAGUUUUGCAUGAGGAUUCCUGUUCCGUUGCUGGCGAGUUAGCUUCGGGUACAUUGAAUAUUUCGGGAUAUUAGUACUGUGCCUUUCUAGCUCAUUUAAUUGUUGACUUUCUCGAUCGAUCUCCGGGUUUUUGA